CGUGUGGCGGAGCAAUAUUUACACACACGAAGUGUAUCCAAUGUUCUAGAGAGUUCCAACGUAUGACAAUCAAAACGGCCUAGUAAUCCAAUCCGACGGCUUGGAUUAAACCGAAGCUUCAAGAACCAAACGGGCCCCUUCUCUUCUUCCCCAUUUCUCCAUAUUGUAUCCAACCUAAUCCCCACUCUUCUCUCGCUUCUGCUCUCUCUGAUAAACCCUAGCUCCUUGAACCCUACCCCGUCUCUCGUUGACUACUCUUUUUCGUCGGUUUAGAUGGCGUCUGCUUUUACAGCCAUGUCUUCAGUUGGCUCCUUGGCUGCCCCUGGUGGUCAUAUUGCGGAUAAGAAAUACGCAACUUCUUCGAACAAGUUGUCAUCUUUUGCUUCCAUUUCUUCAAGCUCGUUGGGUAGGAAGAGUAAUGUGAUUCUAAGGAGAACGCGUACUCCCAAGAUUAGUGCUAUGGCAAAGGAUUUGCAUUUCAACAAGGAUGGAACUGCUAUUAAGAAGCUGCAAACUGGUGUGAACAAGCUUGCGGAUCUAGUAGGAGUAACUCUUGGUCCCAAAGGCAGGAAUGUCGUUCUAGAGAGCAAGUAUGGCUCGCCCAAAAUUGUAAAUGAUGGCGUGACUGUGGCCAAAGAGGUUGAAUUGGAGGACCCAGUUGAGAACAUAGGUGCUAAGUUAGUGAGGCAAGCAGCUGCCAAGACAAAUGACUUGGCUGGGGAUGGUACAACAACAUCUGUUGUGCUUGCCCAAGGUCUUAUUGCGGAAGGUGUGAAGGUGGUAGCAGCUGGUGCAAACCCUGUUCUAAUCACUCGAGGCAUUGAGAAGACCGCAAAAGCUCUAGUGUCUGAGCUUAAAUCUAUGUCAAAGGAGGUUGAAGAGAGUGAACUAGCAGAUGUUGCAGCAGUUAGUGCAGGGAACAAUUAUGAAAUAGGAAAUAUGAUAGCUGAAGCCAUGAGCAAAGUGGGUCGGAAGGGGGUGGUGACUCUUGAAGAGGGAAAAAGUGCAGAGAACAGCCUCUAUGUUGUUGAGGGGAUGCAAUUUGAUCGUGGUUAUAUCUCACCUUACUUUGUCACUGAUAGUGAGAAGAUGGCAGUUGAAUAUGAGAACUGCAAGUUGCUUCUUGUUGACAAGAAAAUAACGAAUGCAAGAGAUCUUAUUAACGUUCUGGAAGAUGCUAUCAGAGGUGGGUACCCAAUUUUGAUCAUAGCAGAAGACAUUGAACAGGAGGCUUUAGCUACUCUUGUGGUGAACAAGCUUCGAGGGGCACUGAAAAUCGCUGCACUUAAAGCUCCUGGUUUUGGAGAGCGCAAGAGCCAAUACCUUGAUGAUAUUGCCAUUUUGACUGGAGGAACUGUGAUCCGAGAUGAAGUGGGGCUUACCUUAGACAAAGCAGACAAGGAAGUCCUCGGCCAUGCUGCCAAGGUAGUGCUUACCAAGGAUGCUACAACAGUUGUUGGGGAUGGAAGCACCCAGGAAGUAGUAAAUAAACGAGUUGCGCAAAUUAGAAACCUUAUUGAGGUUGCAGAGCAAGACUAUGAGAAGGAGAAAUUGAAUGAAAGAAUUGCAAAAUUAUCAGGCGGUGUUGCUGUGAUUCAGGUUGGAGCACAAACUGAGACUGAACUGAAAGAAAAGAAACUGAGGGUUGAAGAUGCGUUAAAUGCAACAAAGGCUGCUGUCGAGGAAGGUAUUGUAGUUGGGGGUGGAUGUACCCUGCUGAGACUUGCUUCAAAAGUGGAUGCCAUCAAGGGCAACCUUGAUAAUGAUGAGGAGAAGGUUGGAGCAGAUAUUGUCAAGAGAGCUUUGAGUUAUCCUCUGAAGUUAAUUGCCAAGAAUGCUGGUGUUAAUGGAAGUGUUGUCAGUGAGAAGGUGCUUUCAAGUGACAAUCCAAAAUAUGGAUACAAUGCUGCAACUGGAAAUUAUGAAGAUUUAAUGGCUGCUGGCAUUAUUGAUCCAACAAAAGUGGUGAGAUGUUGCCUGGAGCAUGCAGCAUCAGUAGCUAAAACUUUCUUGAUGUCCGAUUGUGUGGUGGUUGAGAUCAAGGAACCCGAGCCUGUGGCUGCUGGAAACCCAAUGGACAAUUCAGGAUAUGGCUAUUGAUGAGGCGGGUUGAGCAAAGAUCCAGAGAGCAAGAAAUGAGCAUGGUUGGAGCCUUGGUUGUUCAUGUGCUGGUAAUGGGGCUUGAUUUUUGUAUACUUUGUUGUUGAAGCAUCUUAGAAAUUGAAAUCUCAGCAAGGAAUAGGGUGCUGGGAUACGGCAUAUGAUGCAAGAAUAUACAAUUGCAGAUAUCUUGAAAACAUUUUGAGUGUAGAAGAAAAUUCAACCUGCC